AUGAGCACCUCACAUCAGCCGGCUCUGCCAGUAUCCGCCCAUGCGCCCGUUUCGACCCACACGGCUCCAUCUACUGUCCCGAAGAAUGCACGCCAGUACCCCGACAUGCUAGGCUCACCUCCAGUCCCUCCGCCGAGGACUUCUUCCAACAAACACAGCAGCCGCAGUCCAAACGGUUCCUCGAGAGAAAAGGAGGGAAGCUCGCGCGGGAAAAGCCGAUCCGAUCGGAAAGAAAAUCGCGACAGGCCGCGCGAAGACCGGAAUGGAAAAUCUCGAUCACGACGAGCAGAUCCCAUGGCAGAGACACCAAGAGAAGACGAACAUUCACAAGCGGCUUUGUCCGGCAUGGCUCCAACGGAUUGGAAUGAGGAGGAUCCUUCUGGACAAGGUCUGGUGAAAGAGCCCAGUGCAGUAAUUAACUCUGUCAUGGUCAGCGAUCCUGUCGUCGACCGGGAAAGAGAGCAGGUGCGUCAAGCUGGCGCAUCACCUGCAGCAGCUGCAGGUGACACAGCCCUUCCUGUUGGGAACGACAGCGCCGAAGACGGAGGACACAGUGGACAACAAAAACAACAACAACAACAACAACAACGCAGUCGCCAUGAUUACCACAAUGGAAACACCGUUAAACGAAAGGAAACCACAUUCGGAACAUACAUUCUGGGUCAAACACUCGGCGAGGGCGAGUUCGGUAAGGUCAAGUUAGGAUGGAAGCGAGACGGCAGCAUCCAGGUCGCGAUCAAACUCAUUCGACGAGACUCCUUGGGGGGCAACCCUACACGCUUACCAAAGAUCUAUCGCGAGAUUGCAAUUUUGCGAGAACUAGCUCACCCUAACAUUGUCCGUCUUCACGAGAUGGUCGAAACCGACCGCCACAUCGGUAUCAUCAUGGAGUACGCAUCAGGUGGUGAACUUUUCGACCAUAUCCUCACAAACCGCUACCUCAAAGAUAAUUCUGCACGCCGAUUAUUUGCACAGCUGGUUUCAGGCGUUGGCUAUUUACACAAAAAGGGAAUUUUGCAUCGUGACCUGAAAUUAGAGAACUUGUUACUGGAUCGAAACCGCAACAUCAUCAUUACCGAUUUUGGUUUUGCCAAUACCUUCAAUCCAAUUGAUCAACUGGAGGAGGAGAUUGAAUAUAAUCUGACCAACAAAGAAUAUGUGAAGAGGAAGCGGCUCGACAGGACUGGUCCCGACGGCAUGCGUCGUGGUGAUUUGAUGCAGACUAGCUGUGGAAGUCCGUGUUAUGCAGCACCCGAAUUGGUUGUUAGCGAUUCCCUUUAUACAGGACGAAAAGUAGAUGUAUGGAGUUGUGGUGUAAUUCUGUACGCUAUGUUGGCCGGUUACCUUCCAUUCGACGAUGACCCCGCAAACCCCGAUGGCGAUAAUAUCAACCUCCUCUACAAAUACAUUGUUACAACACCUCUUACCUUCCCUGAAUAUGUGACCCCCCACGCUCGCGAUCUAUUGAGACGAAUCCUAGUACCCGACCCUCGCAAACGAGCUGAUCUCUUCGAAGUGGCUCGCCACAGUUGGCUCAGCGAAUAUUCCCACAUUGUAUCGCAUAUUACUAGCAGCACAACCAAUGUCGCAGAUAUCGCCAACUCUACUGUCCCGACUGAAACUCCAAAUGAAGCCCCAACUCUGGCUCGAAGUGCCUCUGUUCGGGAGCCACCGAAGACUUCCCAGGGCAAUGUUCCCGCUGUUGGUGGUCUGAGCCAUCAUGCUGGAGAUAUAUCCCAGGGCUCACCGAGUGAGAAAUCAAAGACUUCUCGCGAUGCUAAGCGUCGAACCGUGCAAGUUGAAUAUGUCGCCCCUCAAUCGCAGACCACACGCGGUGAAUUCCAAUCAGAACCCUCCUCUGGCUCACAUGCUAGAGCUGCGCCGGUUCAAAACGAGCUGCCCAUUGCAGAUAAGCCUCCUAAGCCACCAGCCAAGGAGCCUAUUGAGAAGCCGCCUAUCAAUUAUGAUAAGCCAUUGCCUACUCAUUUCCCGAGGUCUACUUCGGAUUAUGUUGCAGCUACUGGAACGCAUUCAUCAAUACCCGCCCCAACAGCUCCCGUCUCGGCACGCCCUCAAACCGGCGGAUCAAUGGCAUCUUUCACCACUGGCCGACUACCCUCUCGUGGGCAGCCGGUGGCGCCCACGGUUACUGCAACCAAUACUGAAGGUCGCUUAGCUCAACCGAAGAGUAGACAGUUCGCAUUCCCUCAGAACCCCGCACAGUCAUCGAGCACUUCAAUUGGCCGUCCCAGCACUCAACAAUUGCCAUCCGCAUUCAACCCAACACCACGCCAGGAGCCUCCAGUCAAGGGGCACAAACGCUCCAGCACUGUCUCCAGCAUUGGCGAGAAGCUUUUUGGACGCACUGCCUCUAUCAUGGGUGGCCGUAAUUCGCAAAGUGCUGUAUCUCGGGGUGCACGACAAAGCAAACGCGGCCCUCCUCCAAGCAGUAUGAAGGAGCCCUUCCCUCGCGAAGAUUCUCGUGUAUCAAUGGAUUCGCGGCGGUCAAUGCAGUACUCACACAACCGGAAAGCAAGCGAAGCUGGAGAAGGCCGACCUCGUCGAUUCUCUCUCCUUCCACCUUCGUUUUCCUUGCGAACCUUUUCAAGUGGUCGAGCUCAGACACCUGACGAGGCAUCGCAAGCCCCACGUCCGGUGGACCCUCGCACUCAACAACGCCCAGCUACUGGACCAAUGCCCAACCGCUCUCGUGCGACCAGCUAUGGUACACAAGAUGCUAUGGGUAUGGUAAAUGAGGGACCUAGUGAUGAGGUUCACGAGAGCUCAAAACCCACCGACCCAGAGCAACUCAGUUACGAAGCUCAUAUUGAUCAGCAAUUCGCCGAGCUCGGAUCUCGAUUUGAUCAGACACAAGACUCAUUUGCCAACUUUUCCUCUGAGCACGUCUACCAACAACAACCAGAUGAACAUUAUUCUGGCAACAACUACACCUACGCGUCAAAGCCCAACUACUAUGACGACUACAACAGCACGUACGAUAGUAUUCCCCGGCAAUCAAUGCAAGCCGGUCGACCUGGGCGUGGACCAAGUGUCCUUCAGAAAAACAACCGCAAGUUUGCUGAUGCCUACGAGUAUGAGCGGGAUUUAUCCCAUCAUUCAGGCAGUUCCGGUGCAGCUCGAAAGGUCAUGGACUUUUUCCGUCGUCGCGCCAAGUCCCGUGCUGGUGAUGGCCAAUAA